AUGAGUGAGCAACGAACCGAAGAAGAAGACGAGGAUACAGACACGAAAAUCGCAUUACUAGCAUCAUUGCUCGAACCGAUCUCAUUCUCCUUCGAAAGGCUAUUAGAAGCUUUGAAUGAUUCCGAUGGAGAUGUAGGAAAAGCUGCCCAGGAAUUGCUAUUGCCCAGAGUUAAGAGUGCGGGAAAAAGAAAAGCUGGGACUAGUUUACAAAGCUGGUUGAAAAAGCCAAGGGAUGGGACGAUACCCAGGAAAGAGGAAGACACCUUGAAAGCUGAGGCGGUGUUGGGGACAGCUGUCGAUCAGGUUGGAAUUGGAUCAAGUAAAAGUAUGAGACCGUCGAGAAUAGGUGUAGAAGAAGUAGAUCUCCUUGCUGUCCUCCGUGCAUCACCGACAACAAGUCCAACGAAAACGAAAGUCAAAAAUGGUCCUCAACCUGCUAUACUUUUAACAUCUCAAAAAGCAAUUGAUAAUCAUAAUCUGCCAAUCACGUUACUCGAUACACCUCUUUCUCCUUCAUUAGCAUCAGCUUUAUACCUUGAAUUGAUGGAAGAAUCUGAAAAAUGGUAUCAUAACGAAUUCUAUCUUGCUGGUAAAGCAGUCAAAAGUCCUCAUACAGUACAGAUGUAUAAACAUCCCAAAGGCGAGGCAUGGGCAAAAGGAGUCAGAUAUUGGUAUUCUGCUACGAGUAUGGUCGAUAUUGCUGACUAUCCUCCUCUGCUAUUUAAAGCCGCUGAUUUGGUAGAGAAAGCUGUAAAUGAGUCAUUGAAGAAGAGGAAACGAUACCGUGAUGAAUGGGCAGGAGAGUGGAAAGCUACGUGUUGUGGGACAAAUAGAUAUGAUGGAGCUAAGAGUUCGGUCGGAUGGCAUGCCGACCAGCUGACCUAUUUAGGGCCGUAUACUACUAUAGCCUCACUGUCCCUCGGUACACCUAGAGCUUUCCGACUUCGCCAGACGAACACCGUCGAUCCAAGCUUUGCAACAGAUACUAAGCCGAUUCGGACAUAUGAGAUGACUUUGGGACACAACAGCUUAUGUUUGAUGAAUGCGGGUUGCCAAGAGCGAUUUAAGCAUACUGUACCUUCACAGAAAGCUUUGGAUCUCUUCCGCCCUACAUAUGACAUGAACGAGGACCCAAUACCGUCAAAUGACCAAAAGGCUUAUACCUCAAGAAUUAACAUCACCUUCAGAUUCUAUCGUGAGGAUUUUCAUCCUAACCCAUCUACUGGUCCAUUUGGUGCUCGCGAGGGAACCCCAACUUGCAAAUGCGGCAUGCCGACAUUACUUCGAGCAGAUCAGAAAGCGAAAGCACGUUCCAAGCUAUUCCCUACUUCGCCAUCUGGACUAUCCCAAAAUAAACUCCGAGAUCCAGGUGAUUUUGUUGAAGAUGAUAUGGUCUUCUUCUGGCAGUGUCAAAGUCCCGCUCAGACAGGUGAUAUGAAAGGAUGUGGAUACUUCAAGAUAUUGGAUAUGGAAAAAGAAGGUAGAGGACCUUGUGUUGGUGAUUGA